AUGGCCGCGCGGAAUGCUUCAGCUUUCCAGUUCACGAGCCCCUCAAUCGACCACGAGUUUUGGAAGGACUUCAGCGAGGCGGAUGGCACGUGGCUGUACGCGCCGCAGACGUCCUUGGACGUGGAUCACGAGUUUUGGAAGGAUUUCAGCGAGGAAGACUGCACGUGGCUGUCUGGCCCGCUGGGCUUCUCGAUGGGCGAAGAUUCUGCUCCUGUGAAGAGUGCUCUUGUGAAGAGUGCUCCUGUGAAGAGUGCUCCUGUGAAAAGUGCUCCUGUGAAGAGUGCUCCUGUGAAGAGUGCUCCUGUGAAGAGUGCUCCUGUGAAGAGUGCUCCUGUGAAGAGUGCUCCUGUGAAGAGUGCUCCUGUGAAGAGUGCUCCUGUGAAGAGUGCUCCUGUGAAGAGUGCUCCUGUGAAGAGUGCUCCUGUGAAGAGUGCUCCUGUGAAGAGUGCUCUUGUGAAGAGUGCUCCUGUGAAGAGUGCUCUUGUGAAGAGUGCUCCUGUGAAGAGUGCUCCUGUGAAAAGUGCUCCUGUGAAGAGUGCUCAUGUGAAGAGUGCUCCUGUGAAGAGUGCUCCUGUGAAGAGUGCUCCUGUGAAGAGUGCUCCUGUGAAGGGUGCUCCUGUGAAGAGUGCUCAUGUGAAGAGUGCUCCUGUGAAGAGUGCUCCUGUGAAGAGUGCUCCUGUGAAGAGUGCUCCUGUGAAGAGUGCUCCUGUGAAAAGUGCUCCUGUGAAGAGUGCUCCUGUGAAAAGUGCUCCUGUGAAAAGUGCUCCUGUGAAGAGUUCUCCUGUGAAGCCCGUGGUUUCAGCAGGCAAGGGAAUGCGUGCAUUUGCAGCAGCACCAGCCAAGGCUGUUGCUGUAAGAAGCGUUGAUGUUAAGCCCGCAGCUGCAGCAGCUAAAAGAACGCCAGGCAAGGCCACACAUGUGACGCUGGCAGGUGCUGUGAAGAGCGCUGCAGUCAAGAUCGUUAAGCCUGCAGCUACAGCAGCUAAAGCAACGCCAGCCAAGGCCACACGUGUGACGCCUGCAGGUGCCAUUAGUGUUGCUGCUAAGAUCAGCCCAGCGGGAUCGGUGGCAACAAAAGCGGCAGCAGAGGAGGUGAGGGAGCAGGGCAAUGGGAGGACAGCACAUACGGCGGUGCGUGCAACAACAGGGAAUUGGGAGGGGUGGAGGCAGCAGGAGGACGAGCAGCAGGCGCGCCACACAGCACUCGCAACCCGGCUGCUCCAGCAGCAGCACUGGCGGCCACUUUCAUUCCCAAACCACGCCCCGCAGCACCCAGCGCAUGGCUGGUGGGGGCUGGUGGCAGGCGCAUGGCUGGUGGGGGCUGGUGGCAGGCGCAUGGCUGGUGGGGGCUGGUGGCAGGCGCAUGGCUGGUGGGGGCUGGUGGCAGGCGCAUGGCUGGUGGGGGCUGGUGGCAGGCGCAUGGCUGGUGGGGGCUGGUGGCAGGCGCAUGGCUGGUGGGGGCUGGUGGCAGGCGCAUGGCUGGUGGGGGCUGGUGGCAGGCGCAUGGCUGGUGGGGGCUGGUGGCAGGCGCAUGGCUGGUGGGGGCUGGUGGCAGGCGCAUGGCUGGUGGGGGCUGGUGGCAGGCGCAUGGCGGGACUUACCCCUUUUGGCACUCUGCUUGCAGGUCAAUCUCCGGACCUCACUCCUUUUCUCGCCCUCUAUGUCAUCCAUUGCAACUUUUUCCUCUGCCUCCCCCCACUGCUACUCUCCAGUGUGAGCCUUCACAGACUCGCCCCAUUCACGGGUCUACCAUGCCAAUAUGCAUCUCACAUGCACUUUCCUCUCACCCAAGUGCUUGCUGCCUUCCUGCACAAGCCUGUGACGAGCCAAUUUGUGCACCUAACUCGCUCUCCCUUGAUUACCUUGCCACUUGUUCAUGCUGCGUGCACACUUCCCAAGGCCAUGGUGUGUGUGGUAGUGGAAGUGGCACUGCAAGCACACUUCAGUCACAUUCCUCACUGUCAAGUUCCCCGUGCCCUUUCCAUCACCAUCCAUUCUUAUCCGUCCUCGGAUGCAUGGAUGCUUCAUCCAUGCCCUUCCCUUCACUCUGCUGCCUGCAUGCAUGGGUGCAUCCCCUCCAUCUGCCUCACCCACCCACUCCAUUUGACUGCACCACAUGCCAUUUCCUAG